GCUAGGCAUAUGACUGCAUUUCUCUUGCAUAUCUGGACUGACUCAAUAGAAGUGUUCCUAUAUGGGAUGUUCCAGUUCUAGUGUUGAGAAGUAAUUACAUUAUGUGCAUCCUUAUCAACACUAUUCAUGUGUUUCAUAACAAAUUAUGCUGAGACGUUGAAUCCAAAUUAUGAGAAGCUGAGGCUUAUCUUUAGCCUGCAUUUCAUUCAGAAGAAGCUGGCCUUCCCAGAAAGGCAGUCUUCCUGUUACUUGGCUAGCAACUUGACACAACAUUGAAGGAGGAGUUCCAGAUGUGUAAGAUGUAUUUGCAUGAGUGUUAUUAAUGUGGUGAUUCCUGAGCUGUAGAGGGGUCAAAUGAAGGUCAUUAAGGUGGAGGAAAAGAGUCCUUAGAUGUUAAAACUUCAUUGCAGCAAAGCAAAUAUGUGCCACACAUAUUUUGUUGUGAUGUUCUGUCUUCUUUACUUGCCUUCUGAACCAAAUCUGUGUGUAAGGCUAUGUGGGCAUAUACAUCUUCUAAUAGGCUUGGUGGAACUGAGAACCUAAAAUUGAAAAAAGGGUUGCAAAGAAAAGAUUGAGAAAUGCUACUUUAGGUUAGAGUUUGUGCAUGCAUUAAUUCACUUGCUAAUUGGUUUGCUGUAACUAGCACAAUUAGAAAUGCUUAUCUAGACAACCUGCAAAUAUUUAUCACAAAUGUUUAUGACUUAGAAGAAUCUUACCAGGACAGAACUAUGUGUGUGGCUAGGUAGCCACAAUUAAAAUCAACAUCUAAGGAGUUAAAGAAGAAUUACAAACUUGAAUAUAUCCAUUAUUGUUGGGGCAUGUUCUUUUUUGGCCAAAUAAUCAAUUUCAAGGAAAUUCAAGGGAGUUGAGAGGCACAUGCCACUGAAUUUAUAUCAGUUUGUCAGCUCUGUAUCUGGCCUAGCACUAACAUUAUCUCUUUAGAACAUGUCAAUUUUCUGCAUUGGUCCUGCCCAGAAUGUCUGGUUUGCUUUUAAUUAUACUGGAGAAGGAAAUAAACUCUGCAUCCUUGCAAAAUUUUCAUGGCUCUUCUGAUUUGGGGUGUUGCAGGGUGUAGUUAAUGCUCUGAAAAGUCUUUGGGAUUCCUGGAUGAAAGGUGUGAUGAAAGAAGUGUAUUGUUGUUUUAGGGGAGGAAUCAUACUACUAGGUAAGCCUCUGUCACUGAGACUUGCUGGACUCGUUUGUUCUGACUUGCCUAUGACUCCUUUCUUUCCUAAUUCAGGAGAUAAAGCCUCAAGUCUAUGCUGAGAUGCUGCACAGUGUGUUGUGGCAUUUGGGACAGUGCAUCUCCCAGACAGAAGAGCUUCUUGCUGACCUCUCAGUGGUACCCAAAGGUAGUGAUCCAGAUGGACAGAGCAGCAAAGCGUAUGGAGCCAUGGAAGAUGGCAGUCAUCGUUGUGUCAGUGAUAUUGGUGUUAGCCCUCAUCAUUGGCUUGACUACAUACUUUUUAUGUCGUGAUCAGGAUCGAUAUUACAAUGCAACUUUCCUAGUCACCAAUGUUGAGUAUGACCCUCAGUAUGAAAGGCAAACCACAGAAGACUUCAGGCACCUGAGCCAAGAAGUUGAAACCAUGAUGUCUGCAGUAUUCAAUGGGUCCUUUCUAAGUAGAAGGUACAUCAGGUCCCAUGUUGUCAGCUUAAGCCCAGAUGCUGAUGGAGUGCUUGCAUCUGUUGUUCUGGUAUUUAAAUUUGCCUCAGCUGACAGUAAGGCAACAAGCUGGAGUCAGGUCAACAACGUGUUACGCAGAAGGCUAAAAUCAAGCUCCACACUCUUGAAUGUUGACGAGUCUACCCUUAGACUCACAGACUUGAAUAAGGAAAAAGGCGAUAACCUUUUAAACAACUGCUGUGGAAUACGAAAACAGGCAUUCUCCUUCACAGGAGAGGAGAGAAUAACCGGUGGGCAGCGUGCACGGGAAGGGGAAUGGCCCUGGCAGGCUAGUAUUCAGUAUGACGGGAGCCAUCGCUGUGGUGCAUCAGUGAUCAGUAAUACGUGGCUAGUGACUGCAGCCCACUGCUUUAAAGGGGGAAGAACAAAUCCUAGGAGGUGGACUGCCAGCUUUGGAAUUCUGCUGAGACCUCCAACACAGAAAAAGUUGGUCCGAAGAAUUAUCGUUCAUGAAAGAUACAACAGCUUAGGCCUUAAUCAUGAAUAUGAUGUGGCUGUUGUUGAACUUGCCUCUGCUAUUGUGUUCACAAGUGAUGUGCACAGUGUUUGCCUCCCUGAAGCAUCUCAUGUGUUCCCAGACAACAGUUCCUGUUUUGUCACAGGUUGGGGAGCUUUGGAGAAUGAUGGCUAUAGUGUUAAUCAGCUUCGACAAGCAGAAAUAAAAAUUAUAAGUACUGCAACUUGUAAUAGAAGAGAAGUGUACAAUGGAGCGAUAACACCUGGAAUGUUGUGUGCUGGAUACUUGAAGGGGGAGGUGGAUGCCUGCCAAGGUGACUCUGGUGGGCCACUGGUGAAUGCGAACUCCAGAGGAAUCUGGUAUCUGGUGGGAAUAGUAAGCUGGGGAGAUGAAUGUGGCAAGCGAAAUAAACCAGGAGUCUACACAAGAGUGACUUAUUAUCGAAACUGGAUCAACUCAAAAACAGGCAUCUGAAACCUGCAGUGGAUUAAGUUUUGUGGGCUACGUGCAGCUAUUCCUUUGACACAUUCUGCUCUGUGGUUACCCUAUAAACAGCUGCUGGCUUAGCUUGUGGUCAUGUGUCAAGUGCCAGCAAGCUCGGAGCAGUCUAGGACUUGAAAUUGGUUUGGUCUAUAGCCAAACAGGAACAGACUUUGUAUAUGUGACAGCUGUUGUUCAGGAAGUAAUCUAUCAAAGGGACAACUGCCUUCAUACCCAUAUGCAAUAUACUGACCCUUUUUCUCUGUGGCCAAAUGCCUUACCCCCAACUUUUAUACACAGGCAAAGCACUUGAGACCAAACAAUCAUUUCCCAACAUCCAAGAGAAGUUGUAACUAAACGUGGCCCACUCAUUUUCUCUGUGCUCCCAAGGCCCCAUCUGUCUAUACACCAGCUACAGUCCAGCCCCUGACUCCAGAGCUACUGCACUCCCAAAUUCUUCUUGAGGGUUUUCCUGCAUCAUUCCAGGGAGCAUAUUCUAAUGAAGAAUGGAAGAUGUCUUAAAAGAGUCCUGGUUCCUAAUAUCACAUCAGACUGUUACUUAGGUGAACAGAGAAUUUUAUCUUGCUGUGUUGCCCUGAAUAGGGAAUCAGUGGAAAACACUAACUUUUGUCCACCUUCUUUUGAACAAGUAUAUGCACACCCAUGCAUUGCUUCAUAUGAACAACCCCUACCACAGCGUUUUCUGGAAGAGUGAUUACUGAAUUUAAGACCAAAACCCACUUUGCCUUCAUAUCAGUCUGUUGUCAUAUUAGAGUAUUUGGGUUAAUUUCUGUUUUUAACUUUACAGACUGUAUUUUUCUGAAUAAAAUUCCAUGACAUUUUAUGCAGGAUGAAGGAUUGUAAUGAUCUCAGUACAACCAUUGCCAAAAAAACGCAACCUUUUAGACUGCUUAUUCUUGUGAAUGCUAUUCUCAAGUCUUCAUAAUUUAAUGUGUGCAUCUUCAGCUGCAUCCUAAAAAAAGCUUAGGUUUUGUAUUAUGGUGGAAAUACCUAUCUCCUUCAGAGCAGGGCAGAACUUCUGACUGACCCAGUCAUCUUAUGUGAAGAUCCUGCUCUUCUGUCCGGAACUAAGAGUUGUCUGUGUCUCAUUGCCAUAGUAUAGGUAACUCAUUUAAUCUUGACCACACAAACUUCAUAUUCCUUCUGACUUUGUUUUCAGGAGCUCAUGUUUCCAUCUGCAAGGUAGAUCUCAAACACCUUCCACACUUUGGCAGCAGAACAUGCCUGUUGCUAGUGAGGAUACUUUCCUUGGUAUGUCUGCAGACUCUUUCCAGCACUUCAUAAGGAUGCUUAUCCUGACAACAGCAAAUGCUGUGGUCUUAGUUGCUAGAUAACGAGCUACUCAGAUUGAUCCCUUUUUCCUCUAUGGUCAGAAGAGAAAGAACUUGGCAAAAGAGAUACCAAUCACACUGUGCCAAGUCUCAGAGCUCAUGCAGCAUGACAAGCAAGGAAGAAUCUUAUGCCAGGCAUAAGGCAAACAGCAGGCUUCCUGCAAGGUUAUAGGUAUAAAAUCAGGGGAACAGGCCCUCAGUGAUUACAGUGUUGGGAUCAAAGUGCUGUCCAAAUUGAGUACAAGUCAGUUGACAUAGUCAAUGGCACUUCAGGGGACCCCUCUGGUCUAUGCUGCCUAGCGGAGCAGCAAUCCAUUAAGUUAACAGGAAUAUUUUGAUUACACAUUAUGUGAUCUUGUUGCUUGCCAGUACAGAGAACCAAAUUUUUGUAGAGCCUCACUGGAGGUACUGGAAUAUUUGGAUGCCCAGAGAAGGUCUGUGUGAAAGAUGAGGGUACGCGGCUGUUGUGUGUUCUGUACUUGUGUGUGUCGGGGAAUCUCGCACUUAAUUCUGUUUCUUUUUUCUCAGGGAGCUUUUCUUGUGGAAUGUUGUAAGCUUCAGAAACAAAACUUUGGUGGCUUAAUUUCUACAUAAGAAGUAAAAAACGGCAGACUAGUUCUGUAGGUCUGGGCCCAGCACAUCUCAUCUUAGUCCCUUAAGCAGAACAUGGCUUUGAAGUCUAUUGUAAAGGAAGCUUAAAAGUGGUGUAUGACAAGUACAUAUAAUUAUGUUUUCUCUUGCUGGUAACAAAUUUUCUUACCAGCACAGAAUAAAAUUUGGUCUUCAUGAAGAAAAGCAUCAUUACAGGAUGCCACGGAUUUCCAGUUCUCAAAGCACUUUAGGCUUGGGUUUUCAAAGGACAUAAUGGUUUCCCCAUGCCAGGGAUUUAAUUAUAACUUGGAAACUUAACAGUUUUAGUCUUGCAAAUCCCAGCUACCUCACUGUUUCCCCAAAAUAGGUAAGUAGAUGUCCAAAGAAAUUAUUUUGCAUCUGUGGACAUUCCUGUUGCACUUACUUGGGUACAAAAUCAGAAAGUGUUAAGCAUGUUGCUCUGUGUCAAGGGCUGCAGCAAAUACAUCCUCCAAAGUGGUGCACACAAGGCAGGAGCAAUGAACUUGUCACUCAGAACUGCUAGUUCCUUAAGCAUCUACUCAGAUAUAGUACCUGAUCCACCUUAAUCACUAAAUGCCAGCACAGUGCAGCCAGGAGGAUGGGGCUGAAGAGGAUCUCGUGUCUACAUCAUGUCUGUUUUGGGAGCCUCUACUUUGUACUGCCUUGUGAAGUUUUCCUGAUAGCAACUGGAACAAAUAUUCUGAUCUGGAUUCUCCUGGAAGCAAUGUAGUUUACAUGCUGUGAAGCUUAUUGGUGAUGCAAAGCAGUGUAAGUAGGGACUGUCAAGAAG